GCGUCCCGCGGGCGGCUCAGUCGCGGCGGCGGAGGCGGCGAGGAAGGGGCUGCAGCCGGGCGCUCGGGAAGCUGCUGGCGCGGCCACCUCGCCCGUGGAGCUUUGAAGGUGGCGGGGUUGGUACAUGGCGGCGGCAGGCACCUCCUCGUGUUGCCGGGGCGGGCUGCAGCCGCUCAGGGCCACCGUCCCCUUCCAGCUGCAGCACCGUCGAGGCGGAGAUGGUGGCCGGGCAGCUAGUGUCCCAUGUGCUGCGGCUGGUCCGGUCGAGAAGGCCUGCCGGAACAGGCCCCCCCGGGUGAGGCGCACUUCCUCCCUAGACACCGUCCUUGGAUCGUACCUCUUGGGCCAGUGGCCUCGGGAUGCGGAAGGAGCUGCCGUAGCGCAUAUGAGUGACAAAUCCACCCAGACUCCUGUGUCCUGGCACGAAGCCGAGGUGGGGAAAGCCACUGCCCACAAGCGUUCGGCCUCGUGGAGUAGCGUGGAUCACCGCAGAGAGAUUGCCAAACUGAAGCAGCAGCUCCAGAGAACGAAACUCGGUGCCCGGAAUAGCAAAGAGAAAGACCAGAGCUGCCCCGUCCAGGGGGAUCAUAGUGUCCUCUCGCCAGCCAAGGUUUCCCCGCCUGCACCCUUUCCAGCCCUGACUGCUGUGCCGAUCAGCCCCUGUUUGCACAACAGCCUCGACGGUCUCAAUCAAGAACUGGAAGAAGCGUUUGUAAAAGAGCAAGGAGAUGAGGAGCUCCUCAGGAUCCUGGAUGUCCCCGAUGGCCACAGAGCCCCAGCCCCGCUGCCGAGAAGCACCAGAGAAGCCUUACUACUGCGGGUGGAGCACAGCAGUAGCAGCUGCAGCAGCCUCUCUCUCUCUCCGUCCCCUUCAGCUGCCUUUGGGCGGUCCCUGCACACGCCUGCUCAAGCAGCGACUGAGGAACUUUCCCCCGGUGUGCUGGAAAAGCCGCCAGUGGAGGCUAAGGGAAAAGAAAACGGCAGCACUUCUCCAGUCCUUGCUUUUGCCCUGUCUCCUCGUCCCAACCACACCUAUGUGUUCAAGCGGGAACCUCCGGAGGGUUGUGAGAAAAUCCGGGCUUUUGAGGAAGCUGCGCCUCCAAGCCCUGAUCAGACUUUCCUGCCCUCCUGUCCCGAUAAGAACAAAGUUCACUUCAACCCAACUGGCUCUGCCUUUUGCCGAUUCAGCCUGGUGAAGCCUUUUAUUCCCAGUGUGGACUUCCUGUUCAGAGACUUCUCUUCCUCUCCCAGCCCCAUGCCACCGGGCACGUUCUCCUGCCAGCCCACUCACACGGUCCCAAUCCUCAGUUUGCGGAAAGACUCGAGGGGAGACGACUUCGGCGAGAACCCGAAAUCGCCUCCGCUGAGCUUGGAGACUUGGAAGCGGCACCAGGCUGAAGACACCGUCCUCUUCCACAGCUCCCUGGUUGUCUGAAGCUCAGGGAGAGGGGCAGACCCAAAAUGAAUCUGUGGUCCCUCCAUGGCCUGUGGAGAAGAGUGCCUUGGAAUGGAGAGAACAGAGCACUUCUAGGACACAAGUCCUCCAGCAACUGCCUUAAAAAAAUGCAGACUGCCACUGGACUUUUCUGCAGCCGCAGUAGUUUUUUUUCCCUUUUGACUCCUGGUACUUAAAAGCACUUCAUUUCCCUACAGGUUCAUGUCACUGUCCUGCUAUUGCGAUGUCCAAAGAGCACCUCAUCCUCUCUGAUGGAAUAUACACACUAUAAGCUACCGGGUUUUUCCUCCUCUUGUUUGCUUGCUGGGUGAGGCAAGAGCUCGUGUAUGUUUUGUUUUGUUUUUAAUUAUCCUAAGGAUGUGUCUCAGGCUUUCCACAGACUAGGGAGGAUGAAAGGAUUUACAUGUAUCCAGAGGAACUGGUGUACGCUGCUCUAGCAGAUGGCUGCUGGGCAAGAGUUGUGCUGGGCAAUCUGUUUCCAGGGAAUGAGACAUCUAGAGAUUAUUUUGCAUCCUGCCCUGCACUCUAUGGGACUAGCAUUACUGGAACACAGCUAAAUGCUUGAAAGACGCAUUUUCUCGUCCAAUAAUGCUGUAACAGUUAGAAGUUGAAUUGACAGAAAUUCAACUUGUGUGCCUUUUUUGAGGUCUUACUCCCUUCCCUUAUGGAGUAAGAAUAAGGGAAUGUUCUCUUUCCCCCCCCUCCCCCCUCACACACUCCCCAGACAUCUUUUCCAGUGGACCUCUUGAGGAGAUUUCUUGCAACAGUUCUGGCAAAGGAAACUGAUGCUGAAGCCAGAACAAUGUCUAAAGUUCCCUGGUGGAAUGCAGCUCUUAGUAUAUCAAAUCCACUUCCUUCCUUUUUUUAAUUGUAAUGAUUUGGCCAGUCCAGUUAGGUCUGACACUACUACAAUUCUGGCUGUUAGGUCAGGGGGAUCUGCUCAGCUUUAACCCUACUUUUUAAUGCACAGAACACUCCAAAGAUCCCAUGGUUCACUUAAACUUACAUUUUAGGUAGGCCACCCACAUCCCCCCCCCACAGCACAACUGUGAAAGGCCUUAAACCUGGUGAUGCCUUGAUUGCAAAGUAUUAGAAAUGAAAGUGACUCGUCUUUUUGCUAAGCCUCUGGAUUGCAUUGAAAAGGUUUUCUUGAACCUGAGAUGGAAACUAUAUUUUCUAUUUGAAAACAGUAUUUUUGCAGCUACUUUUGAAGUUUUGUAAAUUUUAAUGUAUGUAUCACAAAAGCUUAAGGAAGAAUGUUAGCCUUGGAGGAUCACUGCCUUGUCUUUGAGAGGCUUUUGCAGAUUUUGGUGUUUAAACCAAUUAAAAAAAUAAAAUUGUUGGGUAUCUGAA